UUUUCCACGCCUGCGCGACAGCGGCGUCUCCUCUAAACCGUUGUCCCCUUUCCGCCUGCGCACUAGCCGGCGCCUGCGUAGUAACGACGAGGCCUGCUCUCCGGCGCAGGCGCACUGAGUUUAAGCGUGUGCGCGCGGGGCUCGGACUGCAGGGGAGGAGGCCUCCGCCGCUGAGGCGGGCGAGCGCGAGGGUUGGGGGAAAGAAAAAAAAAAGAGGAGAGGGGAACUGCGCAGGCGCGCUAGUGUCGGGGAGCGAGCGAGCCAGAUAAGCGCCUUUCUUGCCGAUUAUUUUUCCCCCCUCGCUCUCUCUUUCUCUCUCUCUCUUUUUCCUCCUCCUCCCCCUCCCUCCUCCUCCCUCCCCCCUCUCAGCGGAGCGCGCGCGCCAUGGACGUGAAGCGGCUGAAGGUGACGGAGCUGCGGGCCGAGCUCGGGCGGAGAGGCCUGGAUUCCCGCGGCUUGAAAGUGGAGCUGGCCCAGCGCCUCCAGGAGGCCUUGGACGCCGAGAUGUUGGCGGCCGGGCCUGACGAAGGCGGCGCCGGGGUGGCUGGGCAAAGCCUGGCCCGGGCCCGCUUGGCAGUCGGCGGCGGCGAGAACGACGACGAAGAAGACGAGGAGGAUGAGGAGGACGAAGAGGAGGAGGACGAGGAGGCCCUGCUGGCCGACGAGGAAGAGCAGAUGCAGGCGGAGCCGCAAGCCGCGGGCGGAGAGGGCCAGGCCUUGCCUCAGCAGCCAGCCGGCGGGGAACAAGGCGAGGAGGGCCAGGCCCAGGCGGCGGGCGGCAGCGGCGGCCUCAAUGGCGCUCAGCAGUCCCAGGAGGAAGGCGGCGGCGGAGGCCCCAGCGGCAACGAAGAGUCGGGAGACGCCGAGGCCAAACAAGGAGACGAGAAGGCGGCAAAUGAAGAUGAUGAGAAAGCAAAGCAGGCUGGUGCAGAUGGAGAACGCCGCGGACUGAAAAGGCAGCGCGAAGAAAAGGAAGAGCACGGCCGUGCCUAUUAUGAGUUUCGAGAGGAGGCAUAUAAUAGCCGAUCCAAGUCUCCUCCUCCUCCAGAAGAGGAGCCUAGAGAAGAAGAUGAUGAGAAUACUGUAAUUCUGGACACAUAUACAUCUGAUCUCCACUUCAGAGCCACCAAGGAUCGUUAUGGAGGGCAGCCAUUGUUCUCUGAGAAAUUCCCUAACCUUUGGUCAGGGGCAAGAAGCACACAUGGAGUGACAAAGGGCAAAGUCUGCUUUGAGGCAAAGUGGAGCCCAGCCCCUUGGUUUACUGCGGAGCUGGGUGACAUGAAGAGGGCCGGGAGACGUCUAGAGCGGCGUUGGCGGAAAACUAAGAGUGAAGCCGACAGAGCGUGCUAUAGAGCUCAUUGGAAGACCUAUGAGGCGGCGCUGACAGCGGCAAAGAAAGCCUACUACUCUGCUACCAAUGAAUCAACUAGUUCGCGACCAGCUCAGUUGUCGAAGGUGGCACAAAACCUCCCACUGAAGGAAGGCUGCACAGAGACCUCACUGCUUCGCAUUGGAUGGUCUGUCGAUCACUCUCGUACACAGCUAGGUGAGGAUGAGUUUUCUUAUGGCUACGAUGGACGAGGGUUGAAGGCUGAAAAUGGGCAGUUCGAAGAAUAUGGUCAGCCCUUUGGGGAGAAUGAUGUGAUCGGUUGCUUUGCUAACUUCGAAAAUGAAGAGGUGGAACUCUCCUUCUCCAAGAAUGGGGAGGACUUGGGAGUGGCCUUCCGAAUCAGCAAGGAGUCUCUUGGAGACAAAGCUUUGCUGCCACAUGUGCUGUGCAAGAACUGCUCUGUGGAGCUGAACUUUGGCCAGAAGGAAGAGCCUUUCUUCCCAGUUCCUGAGGGCUACGUGUUCAUUCAUGCUGUCCCCGUUGAGGAUCGUGUGCGCACUCCGCUGCCACCCAAGACCACUGAGGAGUGUGAGGUGCUGUUAAUGGUUGGCUUGCCAGGGUGUGGGAAAACCCAGUGGGCGCGGAAGCACACCGAAGAGAAUCUAGACAAACGCUACAACAUCUUGGGGACAGAUGCUGUUCUUUUCCAAAUGAGGACAAGGGGGCCUGAAGUUGAAGAACUGGACACCAAAAGUCAAGAUCAGCUAACUCAACAAGCUGCCCGUUGCGUUAGCAAGCUGGUCCAGAUUGCCCCCAGGACAAAAAGGAACUUCAUUCUUGAUCAGUGUAAUGUGUACAAUUCUGGCCAACGGAGGAAGCUGCUGAACUUUAAGGGAUUCUCGCGCAAAGUGAUUUUAAUUGUCCCCAAUGAAGAGGACUGGAAGCAGAGGCUGGAGCUGAGGAAGGAGACUGAAAAGGAUGAUGUGCCUGAGUCAGUGAUGCUGGAAAUGAAAGCCAACUUCUCUCUUCCGGAGAAGUGUGAUUACAUUGAUGAAGUCCUGUACCAAGAGCUUACAAAGGAAGAGGCUCAACCCUUGGUCACCAAAUACAAGGAGGAGGCCAAGAAACUGCUUCCGCCCUCCGAGAAGCGGACGACCAGACGCAACAACCGUAACAAACGCAACCGCCAGAACCGCAACCGUGGCCAGGGAUAUGUUGGUGGACAGCGCCGUGGUUACGACAAUCGGGUUUAUGGGCAGCAGCAGCAGCAACAGCAGUACUGGGGGCAGCCUGGGAACAGAGGUGGUGGUGGCUACCGCAACUUCUAUGACAGAUACAGGGGGGACUACAACCGGUUCUAUGGACGUGAUUAUGAUUACAACAGAUACAGAGACUACUACAGGGACUACAAUCGGGAGUGGCAGAACUACUACCAAGACAGAGACCGAUAUUACAGGAACUACUAUGGCUACCAGGGGUACCGGUGAAACCCCAGCUAUCUUCACCCUUCAGCCAAGCGACGAGAUUCUACUGAGGGGAAGUGUCUUGUAAUUUCCCAAGAUGCAACCAAUGGAAACAGGGCUGUUGGGAGAGAGGCAGCAGGGGGUAAAUGGGGGUGGGGGUGGGAAGGUUUAAAACGAAAAUUGUAAAUUUUUUUAAAAGUUUGUUGAAAGAAUAUUGUCUUAUUCUAUAAAAAAAGGAAAAAAAAACAUUUCAAACCUAGUUUAGACAUUUGUAAUCAGAACGUUUGCGCGAAAAGGAAAGCAGCACUUAACGCUGCCUGCGACUGGACAGGAAAACAUUACAUUAUAGAGCAGCUGGACUGGCAGCCUGGCAGAGGAGGGAGGCACAGAGCUCCUGAGGAGACGCUCAUUGAGGUGUAGGUGAGGGAAUACUGGGAGAAAGGUGGCCCAUGCAGAUGUGGUGGGGGGGGGGGGGAGAUGUACAUUUUGAGUUUUCCAGAAACAAACAUAUUUAGGGUUCCUGCUUGCUGUUUUAUAUUUUGGUGGGUGGGCAGUGGCAUGAAUCCUUUUCAUGCCAAGUGAACAAGGAGACGUUUUCCAUCUUAGAGACAUGGAGGAGGUCAUAGUGCUCCCUUUUCCUCUCCCACAGUGUUUUGGCCUGUGUUUUCAGACAGUGAAUUGCUGGGAGGCCUGUCGGGCAUUGUGUGUCCCAGGCCAGAGGCUUCUCUUGAGCAUAUCCCUAUUCCCCCAGGAGUCUUCCUUAACCCUCAUUAAGUGUGAUCCAUCUUGCAGAAGGUCAUGCCUGCAUUUGGAUUGUAAAGUUUCCUGCCUUGUUUUCCAUGGCCAAAGCAGGCUGCCUUGGGUGUCCCCCUGCACACACAUACGCCCCUUCCUCCCAAAGCUUUGCUGACACCUUUCUGUGUAGCAUCUGUGCUCUUGUUUGUGGAAUGGAAGGAACAUGUUUUUUUCUCAGGGUUUCUGCAGGAUCUUCUCAUUGUUAGCACCUAAACGUGUAUAUAGGCGUGCAAGCAUGUAACCGCGUCACCUUUUGAGGAGCUUAGCGCUGAGAAUAGCAACAGGUUUAUACAGUUAGUGCAGGGGGGAAGUGGGUUGGAGGGAAGAGGGCACAAUUCGCUCAAUGCUUGUUGUGGUUUUGAUAAACCUGGUAGGCCCUGUAUAUAGAAAACUUAAGUGGGAAAAGGGGACUGUGAUUAUUUAGGGGAUUGGGGGGGGGGAGUUGUAUGUGCCCCUCGCUUGAAAAAAAAUUAACUUUUCCAAAACCUGUCCCUUGGUGAUGUUCAGUUUUCAGGAGGUUUGAGGUGUGUUCUUUGGGCAUCUAUUGAAAAGUUCCUUUUUUAAAAAAAUAGUGUGCCCAGUACAUAAAAUGUCCUAUUUGGUGUUUUGUCUAAUUAUAUGGAAGAAAACUAUCCCUUUACAGCAGCCAAGUGUGGUUGGUUCAGUGGCUGGUAUCCUUUUCUUAGCUUCCCCCCCUUUUUUUUUGUAAUUUGUUUUUUAGAUGGUAAGAGAGGGAGAAGAUGAUUUUGUUCCUCAUCCCAAAACUUAGGGAUUUGAUUAUUAAUUUUGCUUCCCUGACGAGUCUUUCCACAGAACAAAAGGGAUGGUGGGGGAGCUUUCUAUGACAGGAUGUCCUUCCUCCUUGAAUGUGAAUGGUGUUAAUAUCCCUGGCUUCUGGAUCCCAGGUGUCUGCAGCUUAGCUAAUUGUGUCUGAUUCUCCUGCCACAGGGACUGAAGAUUUGCCUCCAUUCCUUGUGAUUCACUGUUUGAAAUUCAAACUUUUUAAAUUUUUUCUUUUUAAAAUUUGGGUUUUUUUAGAAUACUCUCAUAAACCUUUUUAAGUUGCUCUGUCUCCCUCCCCAUAAGAGUGCUGAUUUCCUGCAUCCCAGCUGGACAAAAGAAGGGGGGGCCUGCCAGCUCCAGAAGGCGUUGAUCCUUAGAUAAGGGGGUGGAGGGAAGGGGAGGGCAGCUGUCUCCCAGCUCUCUUGCCCUUUUUUCCAAAACGUAGGAGCUAGAGAGAAGCGGGAUUCUUCUAUCUCCAUGCAUGUGUGUAUUCAAGAAUGUUUGAUUGUGUGACAACUGUUUUUAUAACAAAGUUAAACCGGUAUUUUAAACACUUCAGGCCAUUAGAAAAUAUUCUUCUGGGGGAGAGGGGUGUGUGUGUGAGAGAGCGAGCGUAAAUAUCUUCAGUAGCUGAACAUUCGCGUGGGUGCGUGAUGGCUUGAUGCUAUGAAACAUUGAUUUGGGGUGCGCUUUCCAGCAUAACAGGGCACUGGCAGCCUUGAUGUAAGCAAGCAGGUCCAUGGGUGUGUCUUUCAGGAUCACAAGGCAAGAUGGAACAGACACCGGGCCCAGCCUAGCUUCAAUAUCUUUGGGAAGUUGCUUUCACAGUUAAAUGAGAGCUAUAGUACUUUCUCUUGCCGGGGGGAGGGGGGAUGACUAAAAAUUGCCGCAUCCUAGACCAACAGAACGAGAGAUCUUGGGCGACUUUGGUAGAUGUCUUCUUUUUUCUGCACAUUUUUGUUUAAAAACAAAACAAAAAAUAAUUAAAUAGUAAAAAAAAUAAUAAAAAAAAGGAAAUCCAGCCUGUUUAAAAUCUGUUAGUGUUUUUCAUGAUUGUAUGUCUUAGUUGCUGUAGAUGGAAAGCUCGAGCGAAACGGAGGCUGUAAAUGUUUUUACAAACUGUAAAACGUUUAAGUGGCCAGUAAAAAGGGUUUUGCCAUUGAACAUGUAACUGUGUGGUUGUUUACAUCUGUAACUUUCUUUCCUUAACAAUUCUGGCAUAUGUAGGUUGAUAAAACUUCCAUUUUUAGAAUAAAUAACCAUUCGCUUGACUCCA